CGGUGUAGAUACAUGGAGGGGACGACGCUGCCAUGAUUCUAACGCUUGUCUGUUUGCGGUUGUUUUUCAGCUCUUGAAUUAAUAUUAUUCGUGUAAAUUUGGUGAAUAUGAUGUUAAAGUAUUUGCGGUUGUGUUUUUAUUCAUAACGUUUGGUCCACGCGCUUAUUUGGCAGUAGCAGGGCUGCACGUUGAUGGUAACCUUGGCGUGCAUGACUGUAGCAUUUUGUAACUGGUGCCUGUUUUUGGUGAACCUACCGAAUAAUACAACAUGUCAGGUGUCUGUCGCGGUUUGAGCUCUCUACCUGUCAAGAUCCUGACAGAAGCGUCACUUUUGUCCCCUUGCCCAUGGUUCGUGCCGGCACGCAGCAAAUUCACCAAAGCGAGAAUCCCAAAAGAGCUGUUUGUACAGAGAUCAAAAGAACAUGAGCGAUAUGGAGGAGAUCCAGACCAACCUCACAAACUGCAUAUAGUGACACGAGUCAAAAGUGUGAUGCGAAGACCGUAUUGGGAGAAAGAGAUGGUGAAACACCUCGGGCUUGGAAAGGGACAUACACCUGUCAUUCACAAAAAUACACCUGCAGUCAAUAGCCAACUGAAGUUCGUCAAGCACCUUGUAAGGAUCGAGCCGCUGAGGACGCCCUAUGGACUCCCUGCUGAAGAGGACAUGGGGGACACCUACAUUAACAGCAAAGGAGAGCUGAUUGUUCGUCGCCUCCUCCAACCUGUAGACCCCAAGGCUCUUGAAUCUUAGCUCCACAUUCAUAUUAAUAGUUAAGUUGUUCAUAAAUAUCAUUAAGAAUCCAUAGCUCCCUGUUCUGGUUCCAAUACAAUGAGAAAUAAAGUUUGUUUUGAACGGGUUCUGGA